CUUUCUAUGGCAUUAAAAAAACAAAAUUUAAAUACUUGAUAGAAAAUUUGAUGUUAUUAUAUUUUCGUCCAUCGCGUAAGUGCAUCUUUCUGAAAAAUUAAGUUAUCGUUUUUAAAUUAGUUCAUUGCCGAAAAUGCCUUUUGUUAAAAAACGACGCGAUGAGGAUUACGAAGGAGAAGGUGGGCGAAAAUACGUGCAGGUUCCUAACUUCAAUCCUCAAGAGAUCUGCCAGGAUCUCUAUGACAUAAUAAGAAAUCAGAAGACUGAACAUGGCAAGUUGUUGUGCGAGCCAUUCAUUCGAGUUCCCAAAAGAAGAAAUGAGCCAGACUACUACACAACUGUCAAUGUCCCGAUGGAUCUUUUAAAAAUUCAACAUCGUCUGAAGUCAGAAGAGUACGAAGAUGUUGACGACAUGAUUGAAGACUUCAAUCUCAUGAUCAAUAAUGCUAAAUCAUUCUACCAGCCUGACUCGAGCGAGUACAAGCAGGCAGUAGAGCUUCAGACUCUCUUCGAAAAGUCCAAGGCUCAGUUGAUUUCCCAAGCACUCGGCGUUGCCAUGGAGACGGAUGAUGACGUGGCCCUGACCAUCGACGUGCCAUCCCAGGGGGAGAAGUUUGCCGAUGAUGAACGAUUGAAAUCAUCAAGUGAUGGUAAAGUCCCUGCUUCUACUGAAGGCAACGAAGAAAACAACAAACUCAACGAGUCUGGAACUCAAUCGGGAUUGUUGGACGAGUCAAGUAGGAGUGGCUUCUCAAAUGUCCUGUCAUCUGGGUCGGACAUGGAGGAUGAGAAGAACAAGUCUCCAGGUAAUGAAGACAAGAAGAGGAAGAUCGUAAAAAAGAAGAGGAGAACCAAUAAGGAUCUGACAGAAGAGAUGGUGAGCAUGAGUGAGGGUCUGUUGACUCCAGCGUCGUCGUUGUUGAUGUCACAGCUGGACGACGACUACGUCAUGAUAGAACAGCUGUUCAGUUCGACGGUAACUGCAUGCGAUGACACUCACUGUUUCACUGACCUCUUCAGGGUCAUGCCCUCUAGAAUGAAGUUUCCUGAGUACUACCAGGUGAUAAAGGAGCCGAUGGACUUAAAAACGAUUGCCAAAAAGAUCCAGUCAUCAUCGUAUCCAAAUGUCGACGCAAUGAUCAAGGAUUUCAUGCUCAUCAUCUCCAAUGCUAAGGCCUACAAUGAACCUUACUCAAAGAUCUAUAAGGAUGCAACAGCAAUGAAGAAGUUCCUGAUGAACAAGAAGCAGGAGCUGGAGCAGCUGAGGCAGAGCAGGAGUCAGAGGACGAGAGGAAGAUCACUGAUGCAGCAGCAGCAGGUCAAUAACAUGUCCUCUGCAUAUGCCUCCAUCAAGUCCGACGAUGACGACGAUGCUGAUGACGCUGGGAAAUCCCAUCAGCAUCACUAUCAUCGUGCUCUUCACAAGAGUAGGUUUGAGAGAUCAGCAGCAGCGGCAUCGGCGACGGGAGCAGGAAGUGAUGACGACGGCUCCGACACGUUCACUUCGACGGGCACUGCUCCACAUUUUGAAACGGAGUACUGGCACCUCUAUGACUCCAUCAAAAGUUACAGGAACUCGAAUGACCAGGCCAUCUGUGAGCCAUUUCUCAGGCUGCCCAGUAGAAGGUUUUAUCCGGAUUACUACCAAGAGAUCAAGCGACCUCUCUCAUUGGUCAAGAUUCAAAAGAAGAUUAAAAAUGGGAGCUAUCCAAAACUGGAGAGCCUAGCCAGCGAUUUCAACCUCGUCUUUGAUAACGCGAAACAAUAUAACAGGGAGGAUAGCCGAAUAUACCAGGACGCUGACACUCUUCAGAAAGUUAUGAGAGGAAAAUUUGAAGAACUGAAAAGGAGUAAAGAAGCGGCCGCUACAAAGCAGCAUCAAAGCAAAGCAGCUGACGACGAAGCUACGAGGAGGAAAAGAAUGCGUCUAUGCGACGAUAAUCUGAAGAAAAAUCUCUAUGCCCUUUACAAUUCCGUGCUCUUGUUUAAGAUAGGCAACAGAAGUCCGAUCGACAUAUUUAGGACCCUGCCUUUGAGGAAGGAGUACCCAGAUUAUUACCAGAUCAUCAAGCAGCCUAUCGAUAUGAACAUCAUUGAGUUGAAGAUAAAGCAUGAUAAGUACCUCAACCUGAUGAGCCUCUCCCUUGAUUUUGAGUUGAUGUUCAACAACGCCAGGCAAUACAACGAGGAGACAUCAAUGAUAUAUAGAGACGCCGACGUUCUAGAAAGAUUCAUGCACUCCAAACUUCAAUCCAUAAUCAAUCAAUCAACCAGCCAACUUUCUGCCUCUUCGAUGUCAGUGAAGGUGGUAAUGAGGGGCGAGGACGAUUGCACUGCUCUCAGUUGGGGUAACGCUGGCGGUGCGGGUAGCAGUUCAGGGGCCGGUUCUUAUGGGGAUGGAGAUGCUAAGAAGAAUGAGGACGGCGGGGGUUCAAGGGCUGAAUGUAAAAUCCUUUCCAGCAAUUCUGUACCAAAUGAAAUCUACCAAAAGCUGUACAAUACAGUGAGGGAUUACAUGGACGACAGCAACAGAACACUGUCAGGACCUUUCAUGAAACUCCCUCUUAAGAGUGACUACCCGGAUUAUUACAAUGUGAUAACGAAACCGAUGGACAUGCAGAAGAUCCUGAUAAAGAUAACGACCAAUCAAUACGGGCACGUCGACGAUGUCUUCAGUGAUAUGUACCUCAUGUUCAACAAUGCCUGCGUAUAUAAUGAGCCCAAUUCUCAAAUAUUCAAGGACGCCAUACAGCUGCAGAAGGUUUGCAUGGACUUCCGAGUGACACUGAACAACGAGGCGUACAACGAACUGGUCAGCAACAGCGUCCAGCAACUGACCCAACAACUUCUGCUGCAGAUCUUCCAGGAAACCGUAAACUUUACUGACGGUGAAGGUCGUUACUACAGUGACAGCAUUUAUGAAUAUUCAGUAGAUGAUGACGACGAUGAUAACGAAGAGAAAAAGUUGUUUUCAUUGGAAAGUAUCCAACUGAAGCUAGAGAAUGGCCAGAUAACGAGGCUGGAUUGUCUACAGGAAUGCCUGUUCAAGCUGGUUGAACACAUCAGAUCAACCUGUUUGAAUACAGCCCAGGCUUACAGCGAUAGUUUAGAGCUGGCUAGAAGUUUUGUUGCGAAGAGGGAUGAGCUCUGCUGCCAGGGUGGGGUCUUGUUGUCGGGGGCACUGUCCUACACGCUACAAAAACUCGACCAGACUUUCAAUUCCCAACAAACGACAAACAACAACACCGCCACUACCAACAACAGCAGCAACAACAACAGCAUGGAGUCUUCUGAUGACGUCUUUGCCGGUGAUGUAGUUGUGGAUGGUGCUGAUAGAGAGAACUCUGUUGACGAAUACGAGUUCAAUGGUGUCCUCUACAAGAAGGGAGAUUUUGUGUACAUCCAAUCUAGUUCUCUACAAAGGGAGCCAAACAGUCCCCCAAAUAUUGUCUACAUCGAACAACUUUUCUACAAGCAGCUGCAACAACAACAUCAGCAACAACAUCAAGAAAGUGUUGCACAACAACAGCAGCAACAAAUGUUUUUGAAGGGGUGUUGGUUCUUGAGGCCCAGUCAGACUUUCUGCCAUCAUCAGAGAAAGUUCAUUGACAACGAAGUGUUGAAAAGUGAAUUUAAAGAUGAAGUCCCAUUUGACAAGGUGGUCGGCAGAUGUCUGGUUGUGCACAUCAAACAGUACAUAACACACGAGACACAAAGUGUACCAGGCAAAGAUGUCUAUAUUUGUGAGUCCAGUUACAUCGGUAAGAAGAAAGAGUUUAGAAAAUUGAAGAAAUGGAACCAGCCGAAGAACGACAACGUCAUAUUCACCGCCAGACCUCAGCCAUUCGUCCCCGCCAGGAAAGUCCUCGCGCAGGCAGCUGCGACGACACUCAAGUCAAAGAACGUCAAUAAGUCGAUUGAUUGCACUCGCAGGGCUGUCCUUGCCAGGAAUGUUCCUGAUGCGUCGGAUGGGUGCACCUACUACCAGCAGCAGCGUGUCACUAAUGGGUGCUGGGUCAAAAUCGGUGACUUUGUUGUCGUGAAGACAUUGAACAGCGUUAACAAUGCUGAUGCCAACAAACCAACGAUCAUAAAAGUUGAAAAAAUAUGGAGCACCGAAACAGGGCAGGGUAGCAUCUCGGGACCCCUCCUUCUACAUCCACAAAUCCUGGAGAGCCAGUUGAACGGCCGCCUCUUCUACCGGAAAGAAGUGCUGCUGAGUAACAGGGAUGUAACGUAUCCAUUUGCCAGUGUCGUGCAGUUGUGCUCGGUGAUGGGCGUUCGGGAUUACGUCACGUGUAGGUACACGCACAUCACUGAAAAUGACGUUUACGUCUGUGAGUUUAAAUUCAGUGAUGUCGAUAAAUCCAUGAAGAAGACGAACUUGCAGAUGAAACAUCAAAAUUCCAAUGUCGAGAUCGUCCAGGAUGAGGUCUACUUCCUCAAACAGCCUCUCGUUGUCGUUAGGGAGCAACUUGUGAUCCCCCCAGUUUCAACUUCAACAAAUUCAUCCGCCAACAACAUCAAGCUGGACACAAAAUUAUUCGAAGAUGAAAGCAUGGAUUUCUGUUCGUCCAUCGCCGACCAGACCUUCAACGAAUCGUCUUCCUCAUUUCUGAUUGGUGGAGAUGUCAGCCAAUCGGGAUCUGGUGAUCUCAACCCUGCCACUGCUGGUGGAGCCAGUAAGAAGAAGAAGAAAGUUCGCACGACGAAGGUCCGCAACAUAACUGGCUACAUCGUGUACGCUGGCGAGUGCAGGAAGGACAUUCAGGCAGAGUUCCCUGAUUUCAACUUUGGAGACAUCAGCAGAGCUGUCGGGAACAGAUGGAAGUCGCUGCCGAAGGAUCAGAAGGAGAAAUAUGAGGAGAAGGCGCGUCUGCUGGCCUCCGAUGCCAGCCUGAAGAUCGGCGACUACAGUAUCAACUCCGUCGUGCCGUCGCCUGGUGCAGAGUCCAGGAGCAUGUCACCCAACUCUUCCAUCCUACCUACCGUCACCAACAGCAGUAACAAUAUGAACGGAGGUCGGAUGGGACAAGUAGCUCAAAAUCUCACUGAGCAGACCAGCCAACCGCUUGUUACCCAGUUCAACCACCAGCAAAGUGGGCGACCUCUUUUUGUCUCCCUGCCCCCUCAACCUCAACGAGUCAUACAUUCAGAGGCUUACCUCAGAUACAUCAGAGGGAUGACUCAAAACAGCAGAUUCAUUGGAGACUGCAACAAAACUCUCAACGCAACCAAACCGGAAGCCUCUGCCCUAGAAACAACGAAACUUCCAUCUCAUUGGUUGGCUCAGGGUCCUGGUCAUCAUGGUGAUGUUGUCAGUGCUCUGUGGGCUAUGAGGGAUCAUAUGCUGAAGGAUGCAUUCAAUAUCUCGAAAGUUCUUACUUAAAAUACCGAUAUCUUUUACUGUCACAAAUUGGAAUAGUGAUAAUAUUCAUUGUUAAUUUUUCGUCAUACUAACAAUUUAUUAUUAAAUCGUUAUUGUUAUCAGUUUCUUGUGGUCAUUUCAUUAUCAUAUUAACGAUGUUAUAUCAUUUUAUUUUUAGAUUUACAUAUUUACACUUUCACGGACAUUAUCGUUUGUUUUAUCGUCUCAUGAAAAUUAAAUUAUUUAAUUUGUUUUACGUUUAGUUCGUUUCACAACAGCUUUUUAUGGUUUCAGUUGCAAUGCAGUGACUUGUUGAACGAAAUUUAUUUUCUGUUAAAUUCGUUGAGUUGUUUGGAAAAAAACACCUUCGCAUUGUGAA